AGGUCAGUAAAUAUUGGUGAUGUCACGGAGCCAACAUGGCGGAAGGGGAGGAUGGGGGCUGGUGGCGAAGCUGGCUACAGCAGAGUUACAACAGUGUACGAGACAAGUCUUCAGAGGCUUUGGAGUUUAUGAAGAGAGAUCUGUCCGAGUUUUCCCGGGUUGUGCAGCAUGACACAGCUUGCACUAUUGCUGCCACGGCUUCUGUUGUCAAAGACAAACUGGUGGUGGAAGGAUCUUCGGGAACCACAGAAAAAGUGAAGAAAGGUCUUUCAGAUUUCCUAGGCGUCAUUUCUGACACAUUUGCUCCAUCUCCCGAUAAGACGAUUGACUGUGAUGUGAUUACACUGAUGGCCACACCUUCUGGAACGACAGAACUUUAUGACAGUACUAAGGCACGUUUAUACUGUUUGCAGUCUGAUCCAGCAACAUAUUGCAAUGAACCUGAUGGCCCUCCUGAGCUGUUUGAUGACUGGUUAACCCACUGGGACACUGAGCAACGGAAAGCUGAAAUAUCUGAUCUCCUAGUUUCCAGCCCAUCCAUCCGUGCACUCUACACCAAAAUGGUUCCUGCUGCUGUUUCUCACUCUGAAUUCUGGCAAAGGUAUUUCUAUAAAGUACACCAACUGGAGCAGGAGGAAGCAAGGAGAGACGCUUUGAAGCAGAGAGCAGAUCAGAGUGUUCAUUCCGAGGAGCCGAGGUGGGAGGAGGAAGAAGAGGACUUUAUUGGAUCCGGAUCCCCACGUGUUUCAAAUAUUGAGAAAUUUAGGAUAUCUUCACCUGCCAUUCCAGCCUUUAAUGUGCAAACCAGUUCUGAGGAGCCAAACCUACAGUGCAGAGAAACUGUUUGUGUGACAAGCCCCUCUGAGAGCAGUGAAAGCAUCUCCCCAAUCACUCAGAUUGACAACCCUGCUUACCAUGGACCUAAAGCUCCAGCUGAAUCCUCUGCCAUUCCAGCUGCAGGAGCUGAAGAGGUACAAGACGAAAAAUCAGAUGAAAACGUAGCCCUAGUCUCCGAGGAACACUCAGUGGCCAAAGCCAAUACACAGAGCUCCAUUCGAAAAGAUGAGCAACCCUCUGAUCUCCGUGUGUUUGAACUUAACAGUGACAGUGGCAAAUCAACACCUUCUAACAAUGGACAGAAAGGGUCCAGCACGGAUGUCAGUGAGGACUGGGAGAAGGACUUUGAUAUGACAGAGGAGGAGGUACAGCUGGCCUUGUCUCGUGUAGAGGUAUCUGGAGAGUUGGAAGACGAAGACUGGGACAACUGGGAGAAUUAGUGGAGAGAGAUCACUGCUUAUUCAUCAUGAUUACAAGGGAUGAGUCUAAAUCUUUCACCUCUGACCUUCAUCUACCUGUCAGGCUCCCAGAUGUAACAUGUUCCUUUGACCCACACUCGGCUCAUGAACAGGAAAGACCAAAUGUGUCAUCUAGAUUGCACUGGCAUGGUUUUCUAGGACAUGGCUGAUUUCAUUAUUCUGUUCUCUUUAUCCUUUCGCUGCCAGAGCCCGCAGUUACAUGUAGAUAUAAGGAAGCUAAUUCCUGUAUGACCUGUUCCUUGCUGUCUGGGUGUGGUUACAUGCAGUCACUCUUGUCUUUUGGCAGGACUGCCUUGUAAUUGCUUUUUUUUCUUGUACAGAGUUUUAGAUGCACACGUUGAUGUGAGAACUAGGCAGAGAUCUAGUUACUAACGUGGCCAUAUAUAGUCUGUCCUGCUGCCCAAUAAAAUGGCUGAUUCUGGUGCAGGCAUAAUUUGCAUUAAAACUGUUGUCACAGUGCUGGGCUAGCUUAAGGGAAUUUAUUUAUGCAA